UCCGAUUCGCAUUUCUGCAAUUUCUCUUGUACUGCUGUUACCUUUUGCGAACAGAAAUUGGAAAUUUCGACGAUAAGCAUGUGGGCACUUCGUAGAGCUUCGAUUAAUCUCAGGAAUCGAGGAUUAAGUUCAGGGAUCGCUCGAAUCUGCUGUGCGAAACCAGAGAUAGCAAGAUGCUAUUUGGAAAAUUGUAAUUCUGGAAUUGUCGAUUCUCAUAAAGACCUAUCAAACACAUUCGUACAUUCGACAAGAGCUUACAACACAUCGAGUUCUUCAAAUCCGUACAUGGAAGCUCGCACAUUUUCUUCAGAAGCUGGUGCUAAGAGCAACGAAGAGCAAACUGAUGAUGUGGCGGAUGCUUUUACCGAGCUCGACACUCCACUUACUGCAGUCAAAGAAGCUGCUUCUGCAGAUGAAGCUGACGAGUCUAUGUCUGAAGCGGAGCUAUCCGAGGGUGAGAAUAUAGAAAACGAGUUAGAUACCUUAGAGACCAAGACUGAUGCUGGAGAGAGAAGAUCUAAAACUAGGGCUACGUCAGCAAUGUUUAAGGCUAUACUCGCUUCUAACAACUUACCCGUGGGAAAGGUUUUGGAUAAAUGGGUUGAAGCGGGAAAUGAAGUGACCCGAACAGAAGCAUCAAUGGCCAUGUUUGAUCUUCGGAAGCGGCGAAUGUUCGUCAGGGCCUUGCAGCUCUCGGAAUGGUUGGAGUCGUCCAAGAGCAUUGAAUACAAGGAGAACGCUUACGCCUCCCGUGUUGAUCUAAUUGCCAAAGUCCGUAGUAUAUUCAAGGCAGAAGAGUACAUUAGUAAGAUACCCGAAUCUUUCAGGGGCGAAAUAGUCUAUCGCACCCUGUUGGCUAACUGCAUAGCCGCUAGCAACGUGAAGAAAUCAGAGGAGCUCUUCAACAAAAUGAAGAGCUUAUUCCCGAUCACAUGCUUCUCUUGCAAUCAAUUGUUGCUACUGUACAAGAGGGUCGACAAGAAGAAAAUAGCAGAAGUUUUGUCGCUAAUGGAGAGAGAAAAUGUCAAAAUGUCCCACUUCACUUACCAAAUCUUGAUCGACGUGAAAGGACAGUCGAAGGACAUUACUGGGAUGGAACAAAUAGUCGAGACAAUGAAAUCUAAAGAAAUGGAACCCAAUACCAAGAUUCUACUAUCGUUGGCUCGAAAUUAUGUUUCCGCCGGUCUGAAAGACAAAGCCGAGGCUGUCUUGAAAGAGAUGGAGGGGGGAGAUAUCGUAAAAAACCGUUGGGCAUGUAGGUAUCUCCUUCCGAUUUACGCUUCCCUCGAACGAGAAGACGAAGUGGAGAGAAUCUGGAAAGUGUGCGAAUCCAAUCCACGACACGAGGAGUGCAUGGCAGGUAUUGAAGCGUGGGGCCACCUCAAGAGAAUUGAGGAUGCUGAGUCAGCGUUCGAUAAAAUGAUGAAGAAAUUGCAGAAGCCCUCUUCGAAGCAUUUCACGGCUUUGCUAAAGAUUUACGCAGACCACAAAAUGCUGGAAAAGGGGAAGGAUUUGGUGAAACGGAUGUCUGAGAGUGGAUGCAGUGUGGGCCCGCUCGUGUGGAAUGCUGUGGUGAAGCUCUAUGUGGGGUCCGGAGAAGUGGAGAAGGCGGAUUCUAUAUUAGAGAAGGCGAUCAAGGGUAGAAAGGGGAAACCGCUAUGUGAUUCGUUUUUGGCUAUUUUGGAUGGAUAUGCAAAUAAGGGAGAUGUGCAUAACGCUGAAAAGAUAUUUAUGAAGAUUAGAGAGGCUGGGUAUACUGCGCGUGCUAAGCCUUAUAAAUCGCUGCUUUAUGCUUAUAUAAACGCGAAAGCGCCUGCGUAUGGGUUUAGAGAGAGAUUGAAGGCGGAUAAUGUUGAUGCGGAUUUGGGUGCGUUGUUAGCUAGAGUUGAUGCUUUCGGGAAGAAGGCUUUGACUAAGUCCAGUCAAAAUUUGUUGGACGUUUAGAUUUUAUUAUGUUGCCAUAGUAAGAUUAGAAUAGUAAGUAAAAUCUUGUGCUUCCAUGGUGGGCCGGCGGCGGCGUUCGUCAGCGGCGGAGGUCUGGUGGCAGUGGUCAGGCGGUCCGGUUCGGUUCGAUGGAUGUGUAUUUAUUAUUUUCCUUUGUUUUUUUUUCUUCAAAUCUUGUAUACGGACUUGUGUCAGAUGAAACUCGAGAGGGUAUUUUGGGAAUAUGAUUUUAUGGCAGUUUUUU